AUGAAUCUCUCAAAUUUAUAUUUCUUAUUCUGCUCCAUUAUUAUUAAUACCUGUUAUGCUGGUCCUCUUGAGGAUCUAUCGUCUAUGCCCGAUUUAACUUUAUUCUAUCAACAAUUAAUUCGUCAACCAGAUUUACAAGCACUUCUACAAGAUGCGUAUCAAUCUCAGCAGCCAGGUAGUGUUGGAGAGUAUACUAUAUUCGCUCCAAAUAAUGAUGCUAUGGCGCGUAUUAAUCGAAGAAACGAAAAUCCAACUGUACUAUGGAAAUAUCACAUUGUACCGGGUCGUUAUGAUGAUCAAACAAUAUUUAGUAUGGCCGAAGAAAAAUUUAAUCAAGCUAAUCCAAGGCAAAUGGGCACUGUUCGUCCACAAAAUAAUCUGCCUACGAUGUCAUUACCAUUUCAAGUAUUUUAUGGUAUUGGUUUUUACGGUGGAACAGGUCCAUAUAUAAAUGUAAGCUAUGAUAACACUGGUUACAACACAGGCGGAGUACCGUGGUUACCACGGCCAACUCACGCAGCGAAAUUUGAUAACCUUACUCCACUUAAUCCGUAUCUUGUGAAUCUGAAUAAUUAUAAUCCAAGUCAACCUACACAAAACUAUGUUGUUGCUCAAGGCAGUGCAUCAUCGAGCAAUCCAAAUCUAUUUCCAAAAAAUUUAACGAACUAUUAUGCGAAUGUAUUUAAUCCGAAUGUAAAUACGCAAUUUCUCCAAAAUAUUAAUCCACCACCCAAUAAUAAUAAUAAUAAUAAUAAUAAUCCUAAUGUGCCACAACAGCCAGGAUUUGGAUUACAAGGUGGUUUUGCUGGCAUCGGCAUACCACGUCCGACGAUUAACAAUGCGUUUAUAUUACAAUCACGUUUAAUGAGUCGCGGUAUUAUUAAUGUCGUUGAUAAUAUCCUAUGGCCACCAGAAAGACGUGAUCAAGUACAAUAUAAAACUGCUUUUGAUGCUCUUGAAGAUGCUCAGUUUUCACGUCUUCGACAACUGGCUCAACGCAGUGAAUAUUUUCGAGCUGAACUACGUUCAAUGAAUCAUCAAACGUUCUUUUUACCGAAUGAUCAAGCAUUUGCUAGUUUAGGAGCAAAUGCAGAAUAUCUUUUAGAACAGUCUCUUAGGAACAAUACAAAUGAUGUGAAUGAAUUUGUUAAAUCACAUAUUAUACCAAUAGUACUUUAUCCAAGUGUAAUGGACGCAAGUAAACAAUUAAGUACAUUAAAUCUUGGCAAAUGGGUUACAUUUCGUAAAUUAAUACAAUCGGAUCAAUCAUUUGAAAGUACUGUUGUUGCUUUUAUUCGUUUUGCUUUUGUUAUAAAAAGGAAUUUUUUAAAUUUAUCUGUAGUUGAUGUUGUUUCCAAUCGACAAGUUGCACGUAUUUUAAUAUCGCGUUCAGAAGAUAUUAAAAUCUAUGGUAAUGGCCUUGUUUAUCCGAUUCCAAUAUUUCUAAGUGGUGUCACUCGAUCAGCUGCUGAUGAACUAGCACGAAGUUACCAGUAUUUUAUGGCUCUGAUUCAACAAUCUGGAGAUACAGAAUUAGUUAAUCUAUUACAGGGCAAUACUGCUGGAUUGGGUAAUACAGGUCCAACUAUAUUUAAUCCAGACAAUACAAUCAAAAUAACUGUGCUUAUACCACAGCGAAUAGCCGUGCAGCAAUUAGGAAACUCUGAAGAACUUAGUAAAAACUUACGUCGACAUAUUUUACGUUUGCCUGUUUAUACAGAUCAAUUGUCGCCUGCAUCAAACGCUUUUGUACAAACAGGUCCCAUGAUGCCACAAUUUCAAAGAUCAUCUUCUAAUGCAAAUAAAAAACUACCAAGACGGCAUCGUCGUCGACGUCGACAAGUCAACAUGCCAUCGAAUAUGAACUAUCAACAGCAACAAAAUGUACCAUCUCAACCUCGACCACCUACUCAACAGCAAGCUUUUCCUAUGCAACAACAGAACUUGCCUGUUCAACAACAAGCCUUCCCCAUGCAACAGCAGCAUCGAAAUUCACCUAAUCAACAACAAAAUUUUCCUAUGCAACAACAAAAUGUACCCUUUCAACAGCAACAAGGUUUGUCUAUGCAACAACAGCAACCAAAUCCUCCUGUUCAACAGCAACAACAAGCUUUUCUCAUGCAACAGCAGCAACCAAAUUUACCUGUUGAGCAAAAACCAGUUUUUCCGAUGCCACAACAACAACAGCCAAACAUACCCAUUCAACAACAGCAACAUUUCUCUAUGCAACAACAACAACAAAAUACACUUGUUCGACAACAACAACAACCACAACAAAAUACACUUGUUCAACAACAACAGCAGCAGAUGUUGCCUUCUCGACAACAAGAGCCAGAUCAACAGCAAAAAGUUUUAGGAAAACAGCAGCUUUUACCAAUCGAUUCACAACAAAUGUUACCCAAUCAACAGUUUUUUCCAGUCCAAGAACAGCCAAUGUUCCCAAAUCAGCAACAACCUAUGUUGCCAAAUCAACAACAGCCUAUGUUGCCAAACCAACAACAGCCAAUGUUUCCAAAUCAGCAACAACCUAUGUUGCCAAAUCAACAACAGCCAAUAUUCCCAAAUCAGCAACAACCUAUGUUGCCAAACCAACAGCAGCCAAUGUUCCCAAAUCAACAACAGCCGAUGUUGCCGAAUCCACAACAACCAAUGUUCCCAAAUCAACAACAGCCUAUGUUGCCAAACCAGCAGCAGCCAAUGUUCCCAAAUCAACAACAACCGAUGUUGCCGAAUCCACAACAACCAAUGCUUCCUAAUCAACAAUUAUUACCAUCACUACAAGAUCAACUUAAUCCUACUCUUAAUCCAAGUUAUUAUCAAAUGCCACCAAUUAUGAUGUCAGCUGUAUUUCAAGAUGGUCAAAUGUAUCCAACUAUGGAUCCUCAAUUCUUUAUUCAAGCACAAGUAGCAACUGGACCAAGUGGAAAUGUUAUUAGAUUGAUCGGUCGACCCGAAAAUUCAUUACCAUUUAUAGCUUCAGUUCUAAAUAAUGAAGCAAAUAUACCAAUUAAAAAUGGUGUUAUGCAUGUUAUUCGAGGUCUUCUAUCCGGAACGGUUAUUCCACUGGAUACAAUUCUGUCAACAAUGCAAGGAGCCAGUUCGUUCACUCAAUUACUUGAACAAACAGGUGUUCUUAAUCAAUUAAAACAAUCAGGACGUCCUUACACUCUAUUCAUCCCAACGAAUGCUGCUCUACAAUUUAUUGGUGUAACAACAGAUAUUAACAAAAUAAGACAAUUUGUUCUUCGACAUGUUUGUGCGGAUGUUAUUAUGGAUCCCAUGACUAAUAUAUUACGCCGUGCUGGAGGUUAUUAUAGUCGUGGUCAGGCGCCACGAGCUCAGCCACAACAACAACAAAAACCAGCGCAACGACGAAAUCGUCGAAAACGACAAGAUUGGGCUGAUGCAUGGAGAAAUGGAAGCAUGACGGUCGGUGGACAACCUGUGAAAGCACCUGAUCUUGGUGCAGCCUACUUUGAACCACAAGAACAAGUCUAUGGUGGAUAUCCAGCUGCUCCGUCACCGUACGGUUUUUAUAAUCAACUAUAUAAUCCAGCAUAUGUUAUGGGUGGUUAUGCUAAUCCAAAUUCUCAAUAUUAUCCAUAUAGUAAUGGAAGUUCUGGAAGUAGUGAGGGCUUUAAUUAUCAAAAUUCGGGUGUACUUGCAUCGGUUCCGAUGUCUGAUGCUAAUUGGAAUCAAACGUUUGGUGCGUUUUACAAUCCACAAUUAAACGUUGUACCAAUGACAGGCAGUGGUGGCGAUCCAAGUUACUACACGGGCACAGGUGGAUUUUAUAGUGGUUCGACUUAUGCUACUGGACCACAAUCAUGUAUGGCUAUGACAGGCGAACGUAUUACAGUUCAACCAUUAGCUGGUGCUCAAACAGGAGGCAUCAAUGAAGCUGUAGAUUAUCAAAAUUUUAUGGUGACAUGUUGCGGUGAUCAAUCUGUCAAUGCCAUUGUUCAAUCAUUCAAUGUAUAUCCUCCAAGUUUUGCUGUUUAUAUAAUUGGUCGAUCGUUAUUAUCCUAUGGUCAAACGAUCAACACAAUGUUUAGUCAUACAACAACUAUAUUUCCCUGUCAAUUGUUUGUAUUCGCUCUACUUACUUUAUUAAUAUUCAUGAAAUAUGUUUAA